CAGUGUGGAAGGAGUUUCAAUCAAAAAGGAAGUCUUAAAUACCACAUGAGAAUUCACACCACAGAGAAGGAUAAACCUGCAAUUGUGUGGAAAGAGCUUCACAACAAAACCAAACCUUAGGCCUGAUGGUGCUGAAAGAGGAGAAUCAAGACCUGGAUGAAAUGGAAGAGGAAGCUCAAUAUAAGAAUAAGCAUAAUUUUAUAACUGGAGAAAAAUAUUUUACUUGCUCACAGACUGAAAAAACUUCCUCAAGUGAAAAGACUCAGAAAACAGGAAAUAUCAGGUAUUUCACUUGCCAACAGUGUGGAAAGUGUUUUAAUCAAAAACAAGGUAUUGAGAGACACAUGAGGAUUCACACAGGAGAGAAGCCUUAUGCCUGCCAACAUUGUGGAAAGCAUUUCAAUAGAGAAGUAACUCUUAAAAGACACGUUAGAAUUCACAAUGGAGAGAAGCCAUACACAUGCCAACAGUGUGGAAGGAGUUUCACUCAACUUGGAAACCUUGGAGUCCACAUGAGUAUUCACACUGGAGAGAAGCCUUACAAAUGUCAACAGUGUGGAAAAAGUUUCAACCGGAAAGGAAACCUUAAUUCCCACAUGACAGUUCACACUGGAGAGAGCCUUUUCACCUGCAAACAAUGUGGAAUAAGUUUCACUCAAAAAGAAAGCUUUAACAGACACAUGAGAAUUCACAAUGGAGAACAGCCUCACACCUGCUUUCAGUGUGGAAAGACUUUUGAUCAGCAUGCAAACCUUAAAAUCCAUAUGAAAGUUCACGGAGGGAAACCAUACACAUGCCCUCAGUGUGGAAGGAAUUUCCGUCAAAAACGACACUUCGAAGGCCACUUGAGAAUUCACUCUGGAGAGCAACCAUACACAUGCCCUCAGUGUGGAAAGAGUUUCAAUUACAAACAACACUUGGAAGACCACAUAAGAAUUCACACAGGAGAGAAGCCUUUCACAUGCCAACAAUGUGGAAAAAGCUUCAACCGAAAAGAUACCCUAAACAGGCACAUGAGAGUUCACACUGGAGAGAAGCCGUUUAUUUGUGGUCACUGUGGAAAGAGUUUCAAACAUAAAGCAGCCCUUAAGUACCACAUGAGUUUUCACACAUGAGAGAACUGUUUUUCUCAUCAGUGUGGACUUGUCGAAAGUUUCAGAGACACGAAACAUCUUAGGAAUCGUGUAAUAACACCAGAGAGAGGCCUGUCAUGUGCCAUCACUGUGGAAAGACUUGCAGAAAAAAAGGCAAUCUUGAGGUUCACAGAAGCGCCCCCGAUUUAGUAAAAUGUGUUUUGGUUUGAUCGGAUCUCAAAUAGACUGUCUAUUAUUUCAAGAGUGAGGAGUAAAUGGGUGGGUUUUUUCAGAUCUUGUGGUCAAAUGGACAAAAUACAUUCAUACAAUUUACAUAUAAACAUGAAAUGAGACAAUGGAAAAAGAUAAGGAGAGCAGUAGCUUUAAAACCACACCAUGUUAGAAGUGAGGAAUGGUGGAGAACAUUGUACUUGGCACAUUUUUCAUCUUCAAAUUAAAGUUACAACUUAAGCUUCCAAAGUUUAUAUCCUACCUGGUAAGAUGCUUCAUGUACUUUUUAUGCAUUAGAUCAGUAGGAGGAGGGAAGGCGGUCUUUUGUGGUUAUUUGAAUACAUUUGACCACAUGAGUGUUUACAUUUAUAAAAGCAAUCAAAUCAAAUGAGUUUUUGACUACCUCUGGAUAUGGCAGAAAGUGGACAAGCUGGACAAAUGGACAAAAGAUUUGUACCUAUGUUUAAUGUUCAGUACAACAAAAACACAUCUUAAAUGCUAUGUGUAAACUUGAUUAAUAUGUAAGUAUGUGCUGCAUGUUUUCCACGUAUUAACAUAAUAAAUGUGGUCA